GCAGGCGGUUCUUGCAGUGACAUCCGGGGCUGCGCUCCCAUCUUGGGCUAUAAAUGCAGCAUGAUCGCCUUCAAGGAUCCUUUUCCCCAGAUCCAGAGGAGCGCAAUCACCAAGAAGAGGCGUGCGCAAAGAACAUGGCACCAUCCGGAGAAAAGAAAGGCAUUUUGGAGCGCCUGGAUGCAGGAGAGGUGGUUGUCGGAGACGGAGGGUUUGUAUUCGCCCUGGAGAAGAGGGGUUAUGUGAAAGCUGGACCCUGGACCCCCGAAGCUUCCGUCGAAUACCCUGAAGCGGUGCGGCAGCUGCACAGGGAGUUCCUGAGGGCUGGAUCCAAUGUCAUGCAGACCUUCACUUUCUAUGCCAGCGAUGACAAGCUGGAGAACAGGGGGAACACUCAGCGCUUCACUGGGCAACAAAUAAACGAGGCAGCUUGUGAUCUGGCCAGGGAGGUGGCCAACGAGGGGGACGCUCUGGUGGCGGGAGGAGUCUCACAGACGCCCUCAUACCUCAGCUGUAAGAGCGAGGAGGAUGUCAAGGCCAUCUUUAAGAAGCAGAUCGACGUCUUCGUCAAGAAAAACGUGGACUUCUUGAUUGCAGAGUACUUUGAGCACGUCGAGGAGGCCGAGUGGGCGGUCCAGGUUCUGAAGAGCACCGGGAAGCCUGUUGCUGCAUCUCUGUGCAUGGGACCUGAGGGAGACCUGAAUGGAGUCAGUCCUGGGGAAUGCGCCGUCAGGCUGGUGAAAGCAGGGGCACAGAUUGUUGGCAUCAACUGCCACUUUGACCCAGAGACCUGCGUGAAGACUGUGAAGCUGAUGAAGGAGGGAGUGGAGAAGGCCGGUCUGAAGGCCCACUAUAUGUCCCAGCCGCUGGCCUUCCACACCCCUGACUGCAACAGGCAGGGGUUCAUCGACCUUCCCGAGUUCCCAUUUGCUUUGGAGCCCAGGAUCCUGACCAGGUGGGAGAUGCAGAAAUACGCCCGGGAGGCGUACGAAGCCGGCAUCCGUUUUAUCGGCGGCUGCUGUGGAUUCGAGCCUUAUCACAUCCGUGCUGUGGCUGAGGAGCUGGGACCCGAGCGGGGUUUCCUGCCUGCUGGCUCAGAGAAGCACGGCGAAUGGGGCAGUGCUUUGGCUUUCCAUACGAAGCCAUGGGUCAGAGCCAGGGCCCGUCGGGAUUACUGGGAGACCCUGAAGCCUGCCUCUGGACGUCCAUUCUGUCCAUCCAUGUCCAAACCCAGUGCCUGGGGCAUCACCAAAGGACACGCCGACCUUGUCCAACAUAAAGAGGCCACUUCCAAGGAGGAGCUGAAGGCCCUCUUUGACAAAGCCACUGGAAAACCCUAAACCCACCUACAGCCUGUCACCCCAUAGAUAUAGCAUUAAUAUCAGAAAAAAAACAAGAGUGACAUUCCCUCAAGUUUACAAACCCUAAAGGUUUAGACGUUUCUAGUUUUACUUUGUGCGAAGAAAACCAUAAAAAUGAAAUUCAAAAGAUUUUUUAAGGUUCAGCAAAGUGUGGAUGUUUGAGUCUGUUUAGAAACUAUUUCAAAUUACUGUACUAAGAGCUGCAAACUUGUGCCAUAACACUCCAAAUAUGCCUGAUGUGUGAAACUAAAUGAACAAAUUAAAGCUACAUGUGAACCAA